UUAUAUUAUAACGCAUCCUGGAGUUGACACUUCCUGCUUAUUUUUUCCCCCCUGUCAACAAACCAAAAUACAUGUUCUAUGCGAGAUUUUGUCCAUUUAUUUGUAGCUAGUAAAUACAAUUCAUAGUAACAAUGAUUCCUUACUCUGUCAAUAUUAAACUCGCGGCGCGGACAUUGACUGGAACGCUUAAUUUGCAGAACAAAACUGCUGUUGACUGGGGUUGGCAGGGGCUGAUAGCCCAGGGAUGUCACUCCAGCAUCCUCAUCAUCGACCCAAAGACUUCCCAGACCAUCCAGGUUCUGGAGAGGCACAAAGCCAAUGUGGUCAAGGUGAAAUGGUCCAGGGAGAACUACCACCACAGCCUCAGCUCGCCCUACUCUCUGAGGCUGGCCUCUGCCGAUUCAGCAGGGAAGAUUAUCGUGUGGGAUGUGGUGAGUGGCACGGCCCACUGUGAGAUCCAGGAGCACUCCAAACCUAUCCAGGAUAUGGACUGGUUGUGGACUCAGGAUGCUUCACGUGACCUUCUCCUGGCCAUCCAUCCACCUAACUACAUAGUCCUAUGGAACGGAGACACAGGGACCAAGCUGUGGAAGAAGAGCUAUGCAGAGAACAUCCUCUCCUUCUCUUUUGACCCCUUCGAUCCAUCCAACCUAGCAUUGCUGACCAGCGAAGGCAUUGUCUUCAUCUCUGACUUCUCUCACUCCAAACCCCCGGGCAGCGGGGGUAAGAAGGUCUAUAUCGCCAGCCCCCAUGCCAGCCCUGCCCACACUAAGCCUGUGCCUGCUGCCCUCCCUGCCCCUACCGGUGCCAAGAAGGCCCUGAACAAGGUCAAAGUGCUCAUCACCAACGAGAAGCCAACAGCGGAGGCUGUGACCCUGAAUGCAGACUGCCUGCAGCUGUCCUACCUGCCCUCCAAGAGGAACCACAUGCUGUUGCUCUACCCCAGAGAGAUCCUCAUCCUGGAUCUUGAGCUCAGCCAGACCGUGGGUGUGGUUGCCAUUGAACGCUCCGGGGUUCCCUUCAUUCAGGUGAUCCCCUGUGCCCAAAGAGACGCUCUCUUCUGUCUCCACGAGAACGGCUGCAUCACUCUGAGGGUGUGUCGCUCCACCACUGCACCCGACGAAUCAGUAGCUGCGUCAGAUCCGGAGCAGAGUGUCCAGGAGCUGGUGUAUGACCUGCGUUCCCAGUGUGAUGCCAUCAGGGUCACCAAGACCGUGCGACCUUACCGCAUGGUCAUCUGUCCGGUCAAUGAGAACAACGCCGCCCUGACGGUCAGCGACGGCCGUGUCAUGCUGUGGGAGCUCAAAGCCCACGUGUCCAAGUCUACGGUCAACCCUAGCUCGGGUUUGUCCCCCCUCUACGCUCCUGUGGCAUUCUGUGGUUCACCACUGGGUCAGAACCAGAAGAAGAUUCAGGACCUGUCUCUUAACACCAUGAUCGGUCAGAGUUUGGUUUCAGGAGCAGACCCACCACCCCCAUCACUGCAGCAGGAGGUACAGCUGAAGUUCCUAUUGACGGGGCUACUGUCGGGGCUUCCCCUGCCCCCCUUCGCCCUGAGGAUGUGCCCCCCACUGACCACCAAGAACAUCAACCACUACCAGCCCCUACUGGCUGUGGGUACCAGUAAUGGGUCAGUUCUGGUCUAUAACCUCACCAGUGGUCUUCUGCACAAGGACCUGAGUGUCCACUCCUGUGAAGUCAAAGGCAUAGAAUGGGUCAGUCUCACCAGCUUCCUCUCCUUUGCCACUUCAACCCCCAACAAUGCUGGACUGGUGAGGAAUGAGCUACAGCACGUCGACCUUCCCACUGGCAGGUGCUUUGCAUUCCGAGGCGAACAGGGGAAUGACGAGCCUGCCAUUGAGAUGAUGAAAGUGUCUCAUCUGAAGCAGUACCUGGUGGUGGUGUUCAGAGACAAGCCUCUGGAGCUGUGGGACGUCAGGACCGGCACCCUGCUACGAGAGAUGGCCAAGAACUUCCCCACUGUCACUGCACUGGAGUGGUCCCCCUCCCACAACCUGAAGAGUCUGAAGAAGAAACAGUUGUUAGCACGGGAGGCCAUGGCCAGAUAUACCACUCUGUCUGACACCGAGCAGAGCAGCGUGGAGUCCUCCGUUAUCAGUCUUCUGCAGGAUGCAGAAAGUAAAUCGGAGGGAGGAGGCCAGGCCAUCUCAGCGAGGGAACACUUUGUGUUCACAGACACAGACGGACAGGUGUACCACAUCACUGUCGAGGGGAAUACCGUCAAAGACGGUGCCCGCAUUCCCCCAGACGGCAGUAUGGGUAGCAUUGCGUGCAUCGCCUGGAAGGGAGACACUCUGGUUCUCGGUGAUGUGGACGGGAACCUCAACUUCUGGGACCUCAAGGCCCGUCUCUCCAGGGGGAUCCCUACUCACCGUGGUUGGGUGAAGAAGAUCCGUUUCGCACCUGGGAAAGGGAACCAGAAGCUACUGGUCAUGUACACAGAUGGGGCAGAAGUCUGGGACACCAAAGAGGUGAACAUGGUAAGCAGCCUGCGGAUUGGUCGGAACGUGAACUAUCGUAUCCUGGACAUCGACUGGUGCACCUCUGACAAGGUGGUGUUAGCCUCUGAGGACGGUUGCAUCCGUGUGCUGGAGAUGGCUAUGAAGUCUGCCAGCUACAGGAUGGAUGAACAAGACCUGACCGAUCCUGUGUGGUGUCCAUACCUGCUGCUCCCCCGUGCUGCCCUCACCCUGAAGGCCUUCCUCCUGCUGCAGCCCUGGUCUGGCACAUUCACCAUGGACAUCACACAAGUGGAUUACACUGAAAAACAUGAGAUUAAGGGCCUGAUCCAGGAACAGCUCAACUCCAUGUCCAAUGACAUGAAAAGCGUCUUGCUGGAUCCCGAGCUCAACCUGCUGCAACGCUGCCUCCUGGUGUCUCGGCUGUUUGGGGACGAGUCGGACCUGCAGUUCUGGACGGUGGCAGCCCACUACCUCCAGUCGUUCGCCCAGGCUCGCCACCUCAGUGUUCCCGUCCCUGAGGGCCAGACCCCAGCCGAGGGGACCCAGGCCACCCCACAGGGCCACCUGGACAUCUACCACGACACCCUGUGUGAGAGCUUCUACUUCCAGAGGUUCCAGUUGGAGCGAGUCCAUCUACAGGAGGUGAAGAGGUCCAGUUAUGAACACACCAAGAAGUGUGCUGACCAGCUCCUCCUGCUGGGACAGACGGACCGAGCGGUGCAGUUGCUGUUGGAGACUAGUGCUGACAACCCCAGUUACUACUGUGACUCACUGAAGGCGUGUCUGGUGACCACCAUCACCUCCUCAGGGCCCUCCCAGAGCACCAUCAAACUAGUGGCCACCAACAUGAUCGCCAACGGCAAACUGGCAGAGGGAGUGCAACUGCUGUGUUUGAUUGACAAGGCUGCGGACGCAUGCCGAUACCUGCAGACCUAUGGAGAGUGGAACCGCGCUGCCUGGCUGGCUAAGGUGCGUCUGAACCCGGCAGAGAGCUCAGAUGUGCUAAAGCGUUGGGCAGAGCACCUCUGCUCCCCCCAGGUCAACCAGAAGUCUAAGGCCAUCCUAGUGCUGCUAUCCUUGGGCUGCUUCCAUAAAGUAGGAGAGAUGCUACAAAGCAUGAGGUACUUUGACCGUGCGGCGCUCUUCAUUGAAGCCUGUCUGAAGUACGGAGUGAUGGAGGCCAACGAUUCCACCAAUAAGCUGAUCGGGGCUGCGUUCGUGGACUACGCCCGACUACUGCGCACCCUGGGCCUGAGGGAGAGCGCCGCGUUCUGGGCAUCGCGGGCAGGGGGUGCCGGAGAGCAACUGCUGGAAGAACUCUUCCAGGGAGAGGGGGCAGUGCCCGAGGAAACGGAGGGCCUGGAGAACACAGAGUGAUCCCUGAGUGUGGAGCAGAGGGGAGGAGUUGCCCAUAAGCAAAGAUCUAUGAUCAGCUUAACGCUCACCCCCUCCUAAUUGUAACUAUUACAGGUGAAAAUGCAAAACUGAUCUUGGAUCAGUGUUCUAGGGGCAAUUUAGGGGGAGAGGAGAGGAAGUGUUUGUCACUGGAGAUUGCCAUGUCUGUGAAUAUGCUUUUGUGUGUUCUGAUUCAUCACGUGAUCAGUGUAUGUGUAUGCAUGUCGAUUUCUCCCCCAGUGGCAGGCCAAAUGGAACCACACACUCACUCGCACAGCAAAUGCAGACAUUCAUCUAAUGCAUCAAUUUAUGGUUAUUAAGAACAGAUUAAGAGAUUAAUCCGUUUUUGUUUAUUGAUUUGAGGUUUUGAAUGGUCAGUUAGCUUUAUUUUGAGUGUUUUUUUAACGAUCUGACUCUUCCGUGGAAGAUUCAAUCAGAGUUUGCUGACUGUCGAUGUACUGCUAUUACCGUUUAAAGCAGUUAAAAGUGGCACAACCUUUUAUCCUUCAACAUUCUGCAUGAUGCAUUCCCUUUUAUUUAAUGCUGGUGUUAGUGUAAAUUAAUGUUUAAAUGUUUGAAUGAAUGACAUUAAGUUCGAGUGAGUGUCCAUUCCCUGUAGCUCAGACAUGAAGCAGACCAAUGUCCCAGACAACCCACACAGUGUACCUGACCUGAAAUCCUUCAAAUACUUUUGAGUGUUUGCUUUAGCCUGCUUGGAGUGCCAGAUGAGCGUGGUUUGCACGGUUGAGACGUAUCUAUUGGUUAUAUUGCAACAAGCAAGCUCAGUCAAGCAUUUGUGGUAGUAUGUGAGCCCCGGUCUGCUGUGUCGUGACUGAGAGUAGGUGGUAUAGAGCAGCUCUAUUAAGACUGACCAAAGCCAGGCAUAGUUAGCACAGGGGACUGCAUUCAUCAACUUGUCCCUGCAUUACAGAAGGGACACUGAUGAGGCUCUUCCUCUAGUCUAGUUAGCCAGGAUUGUUUGCGCUAACAGACACAGUAUAUUAUACCCCUACACAGAAGAGAGGAUUUGACCACUGUUAGCUAUAAGGGCUUCUUGGUUAAUAUAUUGUGGGCAUGAAGUAUUCAACAGUUGGAUUGCAGAUUGAUCUCCAGCUUUUCCCUAUAAGGACAUAAGAUGUCAGUUUUAUUGUGUGUUUUCUGAUGUGUGAAGUAUGAGGAUGUCUCAUUAAAAUAUUUAAAAAAAUAUAUAAUGUUUAGCAAAUCAUUCUAGUGGACCAGAAAAGACAGAAUCAGCAUGAAGUUGACUGCUGUUCUGUCAAGAUCACUAAAAGUCCUCCCUCAUCAGGAGCAUGGCAUUGGCUGGUACCAGGCUCAGGACUAAAAUGAACCAAUCAGCAAAUACUUCCUGUCGCAUACUGUAGGGUUGCAUUCUAAAAGAUCCACAAACUGCAUUACACAAUCUGUAUCUAAGUACAGUUGAAGUCAGAAGUUUCCAUACACCUUAGCCAAAUACAUUUAAACUCAGUUUUUCACAUUUCCUGACAAUUAAUCCUAGUAAAAUGUCAGUUAAGAUCACCACUUUAUUUUAAGAAUGUGAAAUGUCAGAAUAAUAGCAGAGUGAUUUAUUUCAGCUUUUUUUUUCUUUCAUCACAUUCCCAAUGCGUCAGAAGUUUACAUGCUACCAAAUACUAAUUGUGUAUUGCCUUUAAAUUGUUUAACUUGGGUCAAACGUUUUGGGUAGCCUUCCACAAGCUGCCCACAGUAACUUGGGUGAAUUUUGGCCCAUUCCCCCUGACAGAGCUGGUGUAACUGAGUCAUACGGUUUUUCAGUUCUGCCCACAAAUAUUCUAUGGGAUUGAGGUCAGGGCUUUAUGAUGGCCACUCCAAUAUCUUGACUUUGUUGUCCUUUAGCCAUUUUUACACAACUUUGAAAGUAUGCUUGGGGUCAUUGUCCAUUUGGAAGACCCAUUUGUGACCAAGCUUUAACUUCCUGACUGAUAUCUUGAGAUGUUGCUUCAAUAUAUUCACAUAAUUGUCCCCCCUCAUGAUGCCAUCUAUUUUGUGAAGUGCACCAGUCCGUCCUGCAGCAAAGCACCCCCACAACAUGAUGCUGCCACCCCUGUGCUUCACGGUUGGGAUGGUGUUCUUCGGCUUGCAAUCCUCCCCCUUUUUCCUCCAAACAUAACGAUGAUCACUAUGGCCAAACAGUUCUAUUUUUGUUUCAUCAGACCGGACCAGAGGAUAUUUCUCCAACAAGUACAAUCUUUGUCCCAAUGUUCAGUUGCAAACCGUAGACUGGCUUUUUUAUGGCGGUUUUGGAGCAGUGGCUUCUUCCUUGCUGAGCGGCCUUUGAAUGGUUAUGUCGAUAUAGGACUUGUUUUACUGUGGAAAUAGAUACUUUUGUACCUGUUUCCUCAAGCAUCUUCACCAUGUCCUUUGCUGCUGUUCUGGGAUUGAUUUGCACUUUUCGCACCAAAGUAUGUUCAUCUCUCGGAGACAGAACGCGUCUCCUUCCUGAAUGGUAUGACGGCGGUGUGGUCCCAUGGUGUUUAUACUUGUUUGUACAGAUGAACGUGGUACCUUCAGGCGUUUGGAAAUUGCUCCCAAGGAUGAACCAGACUUGUGGAGGUCUACAAUUUUUUUUCUGAGGUCUUGGCUGAUUUCUUUUGAUUUUCCCAUGAUGUCAAGCAGAGGCACUGAGUUUGAAGGUAGGCCUUGAAAUACUUCCAUAGGUACACCUCCAAUUGACUCAAAUAAUGUCAAUUAGCCUAUCAGAAGCUUCUAAAGCCAUGACAUCAUUUUCUGGAGUUUCCAAGCUGUUUAAAGGCACAGUCAACUUAGUGUAUGUAAACUUCUGACCCACUGGAAUUGUGAUACAGUGACUUAUAAGUGAAAUAAUCUAUCUGUAAACAAUUGUUGGAAAUAUUACUUUGGUCAAGCACAAAGUAGAUGUCCUAACCGACUUGCCAAAACUAUAUAGUUUGUUAACAAGACAUUUGUGUGGUUGAAAAACAAGUUUUAAUGACUCCAACCUAAGUGUAUGUAAACUUCCGACUUCAACUGUAUCAAUAGGCUAAACCAGUCUAACCAUUGACUCACACCCACAUACCAAAAACUCUAUAGCUCUUAAACCACUCACCAAAAACGACCAAUCCCAUGUCAACUCUUCCGUAUAGGGUGUUAGGAGUGCGGGUAAAAUAUUGUUUUUUUUCCCCCUUGCCUCGUCUGUCUUGUUCAAAGUCAAAACUAUUAAAGAAAUUAAUUAUUUUAAAAAUAUAUACAAAAACAAUAUGUGAAUGAUAUACAUGAAAAGUAAUUCUGUGUUUAGUAGCACUUGUAUUAUGUUUUCUUGUUCAGAAGUGAUAAUUGUAACUAAAUCCGUGUGUCGUUCUGUUGCCGAAACGUGAGUGCUGUUCUAGUCUGGGAUGUUGUUGACCACCCUAGACAAUGUCACUAUGGUAACCCACGCUUAUUUUGAGGAUUACACAUGGCUUAGUUCCCACAUAUCCAUGUCAUGUAGUUUCAGUGUGUUUGGAGUUUUAGUUUCCAUUAUGCCUGAAAUGGACUAGAGUCCAAACCAUAGAUUAUAUUUCUAUGGUUUACUAUUUCUAUGGUCUAAAAGAUCCAAUCAGUUGAUAUGAAUCUGUUUAUUUUGAUCUAAUCAUGUUCUACAGUAUUGUCUAAGUAAUAUUGGCCCCCACUGUACCCCUAGCCUGGUCCCAAAUCUAUUUAUGCUGUCUUGCCACUGCUGCACAUAGGAGUUGGCAAGACAGCACAAACAGACCUGGAAUGAGGCUACUGUACCCCUUCCUUCUGGUGUCUUUUAAAGUAGAUUUGAAUUAACAACUGCUGCUUUGUUUAAUUUUGUUGUUAAACUUUACAGAACAACUGUCUGCCUUUUAAGGGGUUAUUGUAUGUGACCGUAGACAUUAACUACAUAAUAGAACAAAAUCUGCCUUUUUGUUUUGAUUGAAGACAAUUAUAAUUUUGACGGUGUCAAAAAUGGAAAAGCUUUGCCUAUUUUUCUUGUCGUCUCAUGUUUACACUGAGUGACCCUCACAUCCGCUUUAUAAAUCUUGUUCUGGGAAAAAAAAUGAAAAUGGAUAGCAAUAAAAGCAUUUAAAGUAUCUACCUA